ACUUGGGCUUGAAGGGAGCGGAAGCGAGCUGGAACGGCGAACCCCCUGCCUGGUCACGGGGUCCUGGCCAGAUUUUCCUCUUGCCAAGAGAACCCCCAGGAGAGCCUGAGGCCCACCCCUCGCCCGGAGGGCAUCGUGUGGGGACGGAGGCCCUUUGAGAGUCCCCCAGGAGGUUCUGAACAACAGCCUGGCCGAGUCUGUGUGGCCUGGCCAACAAAACCACCUCGGGGUCGCCGCCCCUCGUCAGGCUGCAGGUUACGUCCUGUAAAGGGGUGAAAGGGAGUCUUAGAGGGCGUCUCCUGCACCUCGACCCCCCGGGAACAUUGGAACUUGCACGGCCGACCCUAAGAUGCGUGCUCCAAGGCCUCCACAGAGAAAGAUGCUGUUCCAGGUCUGGGCCACAUCAUCCUUUAAUUUAGACGACACAGCAGAGAUGUGUUUGACGGCCAGAUGCUGAAGUGGGUCAGGUUGCUCUGUGUCCGCAUCAGGGCCCUCCCCGGACAGCAGGUGCCCAUCUGGAGACUCCUUCACUGACUUCUCUGACUCCACUGCCCCUGGGUUGCUGCUCCGGAUGAGAGAGACGUCCGUCUCCUGUCCCCUCCCCAUUGUGCCAGAGCCCCUCUUUGGGAGGUAGUCGAGCCUGGACCUCUUCAGAGCAUGGCAGCCAGGCUCCAAGAGAGAAGGUGAGAGCUGCCAGUCUGCUGAUGACCUAGGCUCACUGCAUGCUGUUGGUCAGACCAAGCCACAGACCGACCCAAAGUUCUGUUCUGGGCACUCAGAAGUGACUAGCAUGCAAGAUAGAUGAAGUCUCUUCACUCAUGCAGCUGACCUACUUGAGCAGGAGACAGGACCCACCGGCCGGAGCACCCCUCUCCUCUGACCAUCCGGAGAAGAAACACCUCAAACCAGCUGCAGGAUGGGCAGCGGCCAGAGAAAGGUCAGCUGGACUCUGUGCUUCCUGCUUCUGCUGCUCCUUGAAGCCGCUUCCACCAAGAACCUCUGGAAGCGGGCAUUGCCCUCGAGGCUGGCAGAGAGGUCCCGUGUAAGUGCCCAGGCCGAAGAGGUAGGCGGCUCCCGUCAGCCCCGUGCAGACCGCUGCCCGCCACCCCCACGCUCGCUGCCCCCUGGUGCCUGCCAGGCUGCACGCUGCCAGGCCGACUCCGAGUGCCCACGACACCGGCGCUGCUGCUACAACGGCUGCGCUUACGCCUGCCUGGAGGCCGUGCCGCCCCCGCCAGUUUUAGACUGGCUAGUACAGCCGAAACCUCGAUGGCUUGGGGGCAACGGCUGGCUCCUGGAUGGCCCUGAGGAGGUGUUGCAAGCAGAGGCCUGCAGCACCACCGAGGACGGGGCCGAGCCGCUCCUCUGCCCCUCAGGCUACGAGUGCCACAUCCUCAGCCCGGGUGACCUGGCCGCGGGCAUCCCCAACCGGGGGCAGUGUGUCAAGCAGCGCAAGCCAGCAGAUGGUCGAUUCUUACGACAGAAAUUUUACAAAGAAUAUCCAGAGGGCGCCUCCAAGUAUGUGGCAGAACACGGACAGGGACAGCAGAGGCACUUUCAAUAAAGCAGCAGCGGCGCCUGUCUGCAAGAACAUUCCUCCACUUUCUGCUGAGCCUCAGAAAUCAUUGGGUAAAAAAUGAUUUGACCCCCGAGGUCAUGCCCAGCCUGAGACAGCAUGACCCCAGCAGUGUUUGGAGACAGGGCCCCUGGCUCCUGGCGUGGCCCGACCUGGUGGGGUGACUUCAUGGGAGCCACUCACUAGCUUCAGGUUCCUGCUUUAUUGUCCUGGAAAUGAGGCCCUCCUAGUUGUCCCCUGACCUUGCCACCCCCAGAUCUGCCAUGGGAAGAAGUCACUGCCUUGGGGAGCUGUGUGAAGGUCAGUGUUUUGGUUGGCACAGGUUUCUUCAGGUUUGACUCUGGGAGACAUGUACCCAUCCCAAAUGUUCUCGAGAUAAGUCUGCUCAUCAUAAAAUGGAAAUGAACUCA